UAUGCUACGUCGUUUUGUAGCUGGUAUUGAGUUCCCUUUUGCGAUUCUUUCCUUUUUUUUUUUUUUUUUUUCCUUUUUUUCUUUUUUUCUUUUCUUCCUCUUUUUUCCUUUUUCCUUUGAUUCUUAUUAUUCAAUUUAUGUAUAUAUAUGAUUUUAAACCCUAUUUUUUCUCUCUCUUCAAUUGAUCAACCAACCUCCAUUUUUGAUCUACAUUUUUCUCUCGCUAAUUCAUCUUCUUCAUUUGAUUUUUUGAACGAAUUCGUUAAUUGUUACCGAUCAUCAAUGGCGAAUUCUGCAUCUGGAGAUUGCGUUGAUUUUGAUCGCGAUUGCGAGCGUGUGUUUCCUUCUGGACUUCGUUUCGUUGAUUCGUUUGUGCAACAAUUGGAAAAAAAUGAUGAUAUUAUGUAUUUAGAAGCAGAACAGUCUGAAUUAAAGGAUAAAGAAUUUAAAUCUGAAGAUGAAGCUUUCGAAGCGUAUAAUGAAUAUGCUUUUAGGAAAGGUUUUGGAAUUCGAAUUGGGAAGAGUAAGAGAAGAAGAGAUGAUUCUUUUUUGAUGAAAAGAUUUGUUUGUUGUAAUGAGGGAUUCAAAGAUAAUAAGUGUAAGAAUAAAAGGAUUUAUGAGAAGUUGGAUCAUCGAACUGGUUGUUUAGCUUUUGUGCAGUUUCAUAUUGAUCAUUUAGGGGUCUAUACAUGUACAAGACAUGAAAUGGUUCAUAAUCAUGCUAUGAUUCCUCCUGAAAAAAGGCAUUUGAUAAGGUCUCAAAGAGAUGUGAAUAAAGAGCAGCUUCUUUUCAUUUCAACAAUGAAAUUGAGUGGAGUCAAAGUUACUGAUUCUUUGAGGGUUCUAAAGAAGGAGGUUGGGGGAUCUCCUAAUCUUUGUUUUACUGCUUCUGAUGCUUAUAAUGCAUUGUCAUCUGAAAAAGCUGCCCAAAUUGAAGGAUGUGAUGGUAACCAAUUGAUUAAAUAUUUUGCCAAGAGACAUGUGGAUGAGACAGAUUUUUAUUAUGAUUUUGAACAAGAUGAUAGUGGUGCUUUAGUUAGUUUUUUUUGGCGUGAUGGUAGGAUGAUGAGAGAUUAUCAUUACUUUGGAGAUUUGUUGGUUUUUGAUACAACUUAUAGAACUAAUAAAUAUGGAAUGAUAUGUGCUCCAUUUGUUGGGAUGAACCAUCAUGGUAACAAUGUCAUGUUUGGUAUGGGUUUUAUUCUUAAUGAGCGCACCGAGUCUUUUGAUUGGUUGUUUGAUACAUUUUUGCACUCAAUGGGGAGGAAAAGUCCCAUUACAAUUAUGACUGAUCAAGCACAAGCGAUUGCAGCGGGUAUAAGAAACAUUUUUCCUUCAACUGUUCAUCAUCGUUUAUGUGUAUGGCAUCUUGAACAAAAUUCUAAGAAACACAUUGGAGCAUUGAGAGCUUUGGAAGGCUUUACAGAUUUGUUUGGAUAUCUUUUGAAGUAUUGUGAAACUCCUGCUGAAUUUGAAUAUUUCUGGAAAAGGAUGUGUGAUAAAUACAAAUGUGAAAAUGAUGAUUGGUUAUGUGAUUUGUAUAAAAUAAAGGAAAUGUGGUGUCCUGCUUAUUCUAAGAAGUAUUGGUCUGGUGGUAUAUUGUCUUCUCAACGUAGUGAAACUACUAAUAAGUCAGUUUCACAACGUCUUAAUAAGACUCAAGGUUUAUGUGAUUUUUAUCAUGUUUUUCUUGAUGUCAUUUCUGAGUGGAGAAGUAAGGAAGGUGCAAGAGAUUACAAUACUCUGAGGGGUAAUAGGCACCUAGCUUUUGCUAAUAUUGGUAUAUUAGAUCAUGCAAGAUCAUUGUACACUAUUCAAGCUUAUGUUCUUUUUGAAGAGGAGUUCAUUAGGGGGACAGCUUAUGAUCAUGUUGAUAAUGGUUUGCGUUUUCCAGAAUAUUCAUAUCUUCUUUGGAGGCCUGGGAAGGAUAUAAUUAAGCAUGAAGUUGUUUUUAAUAAGGAAACACAUGCAAUUUGUUGCACAUGCAUGUACUUUAGUGAGACUGGUUUACUUUGUUCUCAUUCUCUUCGAGUAUAUCAUUUGCAUUGUGUGCGUAAUAUUCCACAAGAGUAUAUAAUGAAACGAUGGACAAAGGCUGCCAUGUGUAGUCAUGGUAUUGAAGAACCUACUUUGAGGACAAAUGUUGUGGCUACUAGUGUUUGGAGGUCACAAACAAUCAGAAAGUUUGUUAAGUUGAUAACAAGUUGUCAGAAUUCUUUGAAUGCAAGGGCAGAGGUUGAGUGUUAUUUCAAUCUGUUAAAAGAAAAGGUUGAGAGUGUAUCAGGUGUAAUUGACUUUAGUGAACCUGUUAAAGAGGUUGAAAUUGUUGAUCUUGAGAUCAAGAAUCCUCCAAAAGCUAGGCCUAAAGGUGAGAGGAAUGUAAGGCCUAAGAGUACCUUGGAGAAGCAGUGUAACAAGGCAAAGGGUAAUUUCAAGAGGAAAAAGUCUCUGUACACUCCUUACAAAAGGGGUAUAGGGCAAGCAGUUGUACAGGAACUUGAUGAGAACGGUUGUGCUGUUACUUAUGCUAAUUCUAUUAGUGAUCCCAUUGAAUUGAUUGUUUUGAGCAAUAAACGGGCUCAGGUCGGCUUAAAAUCAGUUGUUGUAGAAGAAAUUCCUUCUAGUUCUAAGGAAUCAAAUCAUAGUAUUUCCAAUGAUUUUGAUCAGGUAUAUGAACAUUUAUGAUCUAUAUUAUAAUUUUUUUUUAUUUAAUUUUUUAUUUUUUAUAUUUUUUUUUGGUUUUUUUGUAGGCUACUGGUGAAAGCUCUCUUUCAUCUAUCAUAUCUAUUGAUGUUGAUAUUUCAUCUAUUGCUAAGGUUUUUUUUUUCCAUAUUUGUUUGUAUAAGUGUUUGUAACUGAUCAUAUACUGGUUUAUUAAUGAUCAAUUUAAUUUUUUUUAAAGGCGAAGGAUUUAAAUCUUGAAGGUGUUUCUGCUGUUCAACCUUGUUCUAAUUUUGGUGCAAAUAAAGGUGCUUCUGGUGUUAAAACUUACUCUCAAAUUAAUCCAAGAGUUCCAAUUCA